AUGUUCAUAAAUUCUCAAGCAUUAGAAUUUCAUUAUGGAACUCAUCACAAUCAGCAACAACAAUGUCAAUAUAAUUUUGAACAAUAUCGUCAUGCUGGACAAUACCAUAAUCAUGGGCAAUAUAAAUUUUCUAGAGAAUAUAAUCAACAACUACAAUCAUGUCAAAAUAAUCGCUAUCAUCCAUAUCUUUUACAUCAACAACGGAAGAAAGAACUUCAUAGAUCACAGCAGCAACAACUUGAUCAACAACAGGAACAACACAGUUUUCAUCAUCAACAGCAACAAUAUCAAACAUACCAACAACAAUACAAUAUUAAUGAACAUCAGUCGCAAUAUCACCAUCAUCAGCAAAUGGAAAAUAUCGAAGGAAAUGAGCAGCAACAAUGUAACCAACAACAACAAAUGGACAAUCACGAAGGAAAUGAACAAAAUAUUCAACAACAGAUGUCUGAAAGAAAGAGGCAAUCAUAUGUCUUUAUGUAUUGCGAUUCGUGCAACAUAAAUGUGCGAAAAAAAUCUGUGGUUUAA